AUGCCUGAUAUCAACCCUAGCACAAUACCUGUGCCUUUCCCGCCUAUGCCCACACGUCACACAACAUCCUCCCCAAGAUCCGAGCUACCCAAGCGCCCGGCACAAACGAGAUCGAACAACCCCCCAGCCCGGUUUCUGUAUAUUGAGUCUUGA